CACACCCUGUACAGCCCUGGGCCGGUGCUGCAGCAGAGUAAGAGAGCACACAAUUGCAAGAGAAGAACCAGGAACACUGCUGUUCUGGCUGGAGAAAGAGAAAGCGACAGAAAGAGCACCCUCGAGAUUAUGUCGAGUGACAGAGCCCAAGCACAGACGACGCAUGACAUGCGACAGUGACUCUGAGAGGUUUAGCACGUGCUACAAGAGUGCUUCGAAUGCAUUAAUUGGAUUCUCGCUGCACAGUGAUUGUGGGAUCAUUCAGCCGAAACAGGACAGGAGAAAGCAGGCAACCCUAAUAUGACACUCGGCUUGUUCUCUCCUCUACAUCUCAUGCCUUACGGCUACUCCACCCAUUCCUUCAGCAAACAGUGUUGAAUUAAUAAGAGCUGUCUGCACUAAGAGAAUCAGUAGCUUAGACAGUGCUUGUGAGGAGUGGAGUGCUUACUUUUUUAGGGGGAAUGUGUGCAACCUCGACCAUCAAUAAUUCCAGGACUUGACUGGAAUACUGAGGACAACCACAGCCCACCGGAUCGGAUCGGAUCGGAUCUGUCAUCCUUCUCUCCAUGGAGCCAGGAAUAUUACGGUUUCCUGGAGUCAAAUGCUUGCAUAACUAUCAUUCAAAUGAAGCGUUUUCCUUGGAUGCCUUGGAGAAAACGCACAUGAGGAACAGUUGUCAAUAAAAAGACUUCAAAAUGAGGAUUGACCAUGAUGAAUUUCAAAUUCCACAUAAAAGGCAGUGGAAAGACCCUCGUGCUACGAUUUGUUUGUUGUUUUUGCUCUACUACUAUGGAAUAACCCUUUGACAUUUUCUGUUGACAUGCUCAUCGUUAAGUUGCCUUAACUUUUUAUUUAUGCACACUGCCUAAAUAGAAGUUUAAAUGCUUAAAGCAUCUUCUCAGGACUCUUCCAUGGAGUAGUAGACAAGAGAAGAUGUUCUUUGUGUCACUUUGGACAGACUUCUUGUUGUUGAGAUGAUUGGAGAUAUGUAAGUAGAGGGUAUAAUGGCUGUCCCAUGGGCCACAUAAGAGCUUUUUAUUUCCAAGAGAGAGAAGCCAACUAAACCAAACCUUCGCUUAAAUGAAGACUGGCCGCAGUUGCACAGGAAGGGAGAAAAAAAUUAUGCACGUCAACAACUUCCCGUUCCGAAGGCAUUCUUGGAUAUGCUUUGACGUGGACAAUGGCACGUCGUCAGGACGUAGUCCUCUGGAUCCCAUGACGAGUCCAGGAUCAGGCCUGAUUCUUCAGGCAAACUUUGUGCACAGCCAGCGGAGGGAAUCCUUCCUGUACCGCUCUGACAGUGACUAUGACCUGUCACCUAAGUCCAUGUCCCGAAACUCCUCCAUCACCAGUGACAUGAAUAACCACCUGCAGAGGCCCGGCCUGGUCUCUCGGAGAUCUGAGCCGGUCAUUAGUGGAAAUCAUGGCGAUGACUUCAUCGUUACACCGUUUGCACAGGUGCUGGCUAGUUUGCGGACAGUACGGAAUAACUUUGCCACGUUAACAAACAUUCAGCAAGAUCGAACGUCCAACAAGCGAUCGCCCAUGUGUAAUCAACCGCCUCUCACGAAGGCCUCCUUCACAGAGGAGGCCUACCAGAAGCUGGCCACCGAGACCUUGGAGGAGCUGGACUGGUGCCUGGACCAGCUGGAGACCGUGCAGACCCGACACUCGGUCAGCGAGAUGGCCUCCAACAAGUUCAAGCGGAUGUUGAACAGGGAGUUAACGCACCUCUCUGAGAUGAGCAGAUCUGGUAACCAGGUCUCAGAGUACAUCUCCAACACAUUUUUAGACAAACAGCAUGACGUGGAGAUGCCCUCCUCACAGACACAGAAGGAGAAGGACAAGAAGAAAAAGCCCAUGUGUCAGAUCAGUGGCGUGAAAAAACUAAUGCACAGCACCAGCCUCACCAACUCCAACAUUCCUCGCUUUGGAGUCAAAACGGAUACGGAGGACUCUUUAGCCAAGGAACUGGAGGACGUAAACAAAUGGGGCCUUAAUGUUUUUAAAGUCACAGAGUUUUCUGGCAACAGGCCUUUAACGGUGAUGAUGUACACUAUAUUUCAGGAGAGAGAAUUACUUAAAACAUUUAAAAUUCCCUUGGACACCUUCAUAACAUACCUGAUGACCUUAGAAGAUCAUUACCAUGCAGAUGUUGCGUAUCACAAUAACAUUCAUGCUGCUGACGUCACCCAGUCCACACACGUUCUGCUCUCCACACCUGCUUUGGAGGCGGUUUUCACAGACCUUGAAAUUCUUGCUGCCAUUUUCGCCAGUGCAAUUCACGACGUAGACCACCCAGGUGUCUCGAACCAGUUCCUUAUUAACACCAACUCUGAGUUGGCGCUCAUGUACAAUGACGCAUCAGUGCUGGAAAACCAUCAUCUUGCCGUCGGCUUCAAACUCCUGCAGGAGGAGAACUGUGACAUCUUUCAGAACCUUAACAAAAAACAGAGACAAUCGCUGCGCAAGAUGGUCAUAGACAUCGUCUUGGCUACUGAUAUGUCCAAACACAUGAACCUGCUGGCCGAUCUGAAGACGAUGGUGGAGACGAAGAAGGUCACCAGUUCUGGCGUGUUGCUCUUGGAUAAUUAUUCAGAUAGGAUACAAGUGCUACAGAACAUGGUCCACUGUGCGGACCUCAGUAACCCCACCAAACCGCUGCAGCUGUAUAAACAGUGGACCGAUCGCAUCAUGGAGGAGUUCUUCAGUCAGGGAGACAGAGAGAGAGAGCGAGGGAUGGAGAUCAGUCCCAUGUGUGACAAACACAAUGCAUCAGUAGAGAAGUCUCAGGUGGGCUUCAUCGACUACAUUGUCCAUCCACUGUGGGAGACUUGGGCCGACCUCGUCCACCCGGACGCCCAGGACAUUCUGGACACAUUAGAGGAUAACAGAGAGUGGUACCAGAGCACCAUUCCUCAGAGCCCGUCUCCCACUCCAGACCAGUCUGAAGAGGGCAGCCGAUCCGGCGGCGCUGAGAAGUUCCAAUUUGAACUGACCCUUGAAGAGGACGGGGAGUCAGACACGGAGAAGGACAGCGGCAGCCAGGCCGAGGAGGAAGAGGAUGAGGACAACAGCUGUAGUGACUCCAAAACGCUCAUCACGCAGAACUCGGAAUCCACAGAGAUUCCUGAGAGCGAGGAGGGGAUUUCCGAGGAAGUUUCCAUGGAACCCAGCAUGGACGAGGAGGAGGAAGACGAGCAGUCUGCAGACACAUAGCAGCGUGUCUGGACCGUGUAAACUGAACGCCAUGAUGGCAAAAAACGUUAAAUAUUUAAUAAUUGACAGUAAAAUUGACUUCCAAAGCGCACGUUGCACUCCAAGACCUUGGCCUCUCUGUGUCUCAUUCUGUCUCUCUACGAGCUGCUUGGAGACGAAAGGUCAUUAAGACGGUAGGUUGUCGUUUUAUUUACUCAGGAAUAACAUUUAGUCCUCUUGUUUUUUCGAGCUUUCUUUUGUUUACCUUCGCCUGGCCCGCAUCUUCUAGCAGAUGGCUGAUGAUGUCUGUUGACACUGUCCGUGCGGACGCCCAUCCUCCCGUUCUUCUCUGUGGUUCAGAGCAGGAAAAUCUUCCGCCCCAGGUCAAAUAAACAUACGGAGGGCCGUUACUGUAGACGCCCGCUGCACAAAGCAAUCGGAGGAGAUUACGCUCACAGAAACGACACCAGCCGUGGCCAGUGAGGAAAAACAUAGAAAGGAACGCAUUUCCUUGGAUUUCAAAGAGACCUGUUUUUCUACGUUUUAAGUCUUCCUAAACUUUGACUGAAAACAGACAUAAAACUCAACUUGUUGCUGUCAUGGCCUCUUGGAUGAUUUUGUACGGUAUACAUAAAGAUUUUUACGUUACUUUUAAUAACAAAACAGCAGCUGUUGUGUUUUCAAGGAAACUUAACGUGAAGGGUAACUUGCAAGUACGCAACGUGACAGUCGCCCUGCGUCAGUUUGUGCUUUUUCCAUCAUACAUCACUGCUGUGUUGCACAAAUCCUCUCCUUUUAGAUUUAAGAAGCUGUACGUCAUUUUUCUGUUUUUUUUUUUUUUUACUUAGUAAAACAUUUACCUCCAGUGAGCCUCUUAAUACUUAAUACUUUUUUGCCAUUUUACUCCUGUAGUUUUAUCGUGUUUCAAAGCAAUGAUUUUGGCAACAAGUUACUUGAAAGUGAAUGUUCUCUUAAUGCAUCAUAAUAAUAUGUGUUCUUAUGAAUAAUUGUAACCGGGUGAUUCUCAUGAAACCCAUCAAGAAAAUGUCAUGGUCAGUUAACUCAAGAUACGCUUUAAAGGUGUAACCAUGAAUACAAUGUUAGAAUUAUAACUUUGGUAACAAUUAUUUAUGAAACAAUAUUAUCCAUUAUUUUAUGACAUUAUAAAUGUCUUUAUAAUUGAUUAUACAGACUUAAUAAUAAUUGAUCUAUUGUCACACAUUAUACAUACAACAAAUAAUUUUUUUCACAUAUCCCUGCUAAGCUGGGGUCAGAGUGCAGGGUCAGCCAUGAUAUGGCACACCUGAAGCAGAUAGGCUCAAGGGCCCAACAGUGGUGUCUUGGUGGUGUUGGGGCUUGAACCCCCAACCUUCUGGUCAGUAACCCACAGCCUUGCCUACCAAGCCACCACUGCCCAAGUAUAGUGUCACUUCAAGUAUAGUGUCAUUAUGCUUUCUCUAAAAAUCCGCCUUAUAAUCCUUAUAGACAUUUUAAUCACCAAGCAAAGGUCUUUUUUUUUUUUUUUUUGCUAAGAAAACAUCUUGUUCUAGCUUAUAACUCCAGGUCAACCAAAUCUUUUAAUGGCAACAUCCUGUUAUGGGUGUAUCACACAUUAAAAGCUACUAAAUAAAGUACUUCGGUAAUAACGACAUCUGUUUGCACAAGCUGCUGUUGGAGAUUUUAUAGCGUGCGAGACUUUGAACUCGACACAAUUAAAUCGUGCUCUUCAUUAUUUAUUUAUUUUUAUUUUGCCUGUUUAUUUAUUUACUGAGGAUCUGAAACGAGCUUUAAACUACAACCUACAGAGGUCAUUCUGAAACCUUAUAGGUCAAAAGUUCUGCGCACAGAUAAUCUACGAUCGUAGGGUACGCGUUGUGCAAUGCUCUCCGAAAUACGAUUACACAAGCUGUUGGUAUGACAUGAUUUCAUUGCUUGUUUGUUUGACGUUUUGAGUCAUAAAACACAAAUCGUUCAUCCCAUUAGAUCAGAGAUUUUUCUCUUAGGGCUAGAUGCAGUUUAGCGUCAAUUCCGCAUUUGCGCAUUUCAUGCCAAAAGUUCUCCAUGCACUAUGCGACACGCGGCGCUCUUUGGCUUUUAAUAACGAAUUAUUAUUUAUACGUGUAUAUGCUUUUAUUUAUUAUGUUGCCGCAUCGCUUCUGUUUGAAAGCAGUACCCUACUGUAGACCAUCAACUGUAGCGUAAAGCGUGUGGACUUGCAAGUUACUAAAAACUAUUGUCUUUUUUGUCGUGUACAUAGAACAAACCUUUUUAAAGGCUGUAGGAAAUAUAACAUGCUCACAGAAACUUGAAUUCUGGCUUUUGAGUAGUACUGUUUUUUGUUAUUAUAUAUAUAUAUAUAUAUAUAUUAUUAUUAUUAUUAUUAUUUAAGUUUGUGCCAUGAUAUUUCUUUCCUCACCAGAUGACCUUACCUAAUUAUGGAUUUUAUUUUUUCGUUAUUUUUUUUUGCUGUUUACAAUGUAUUUAUUUUGCUGUACAUAUUGUAAUUUUUGUUGUAAAUGAUGACGGAUUCUAAACUUCAUUCGAAGGGCGAUGGAGUUGAUGUAUUUGGUAAACUCUUGUUGAGAGAAUGUUUAUUAUUUUAAAUAUUAUCCGAUGUAAAAAAAACAAAGAUUAAUAUUCUCUAUAAAAAUUAAAACCGAAAAAAUAAAAAAAAGUCACCUUCAAGCUUGUUUAUGGAAAACUAGGCGAAAAGCCAAACAAUAUGAGACAAGUCGCCACUGGCGUUUGGCCCCAGGGCUGUGCCUUAACUUAAAAACGUAUUUUAUUUGUCUGUAUGUCUGUUUGUACAUGUCCCGUCUCUUUACGUGUUAAAGAACUGUCUGAGAGGAUGUGUAAUCCAUUCGCUGCCAGGGUAUCAGGGCAUAUUAUGCGCUGCAUUUAAAUCUAAAGCUUAGGACAUUAGUUUGAUUCCUUUAUUUGGUCCAAUAGUGGCACAUAGUGAACACUGCUGUCAUUGCUUUGGUUUCAGAUGCCGAAUGCAAUGCAGUGGAUGCAAUAGACUCUCAGAUAUGCGUAGAAACAGUUCAGUUUGCUCUAGAGGUGCCUGGCUGCGUAAUGUUCUAUUUUCAAGCUGUUCUUUAACUUUGUUCAGGCACUGUCUGCUACCUUUGUGUCAUCCAGCCUUGUAGAUGUGCUUGUGCACUGAACACUUUCAGAUGUUAAAUAAGCAUAUUUUCUGACACACAUACUGUAGAUUUUAGCAGCCCUGGACCAAAGCCAAUCGUGGCUAUUAUUAUUAUUAUUACUAAUUAUUAUUACUGGUAUUUUUCAAUGUCAUUAAAGGGAUACAUGAACUGAUACUUUAACAUUGAUUUCUAAGUUCUGAUGAUACUUUUGUCUCUUACAGUUUUUUGAUGGUACUGUAGAUCCAACUCGAAUCGAUUCAGAGUCCAUAAACUAAACAUUUUUAUAUGCAACAAAUGAAAUAAAAGCAUGGG